UAGUGAUAAGGCGUCUUGCUUUAUUAUAAAAGAGACCGCGCUUGUAUCUCGGCCAUCAUUUCCCGAGUUGAAGAGUGAAAAUUUGAUUCCAGUAUCAGUGCAUAGUUCAGGAUACUUACAAUGAGAGCAACAAGCCUUUUGGCCGCAGUGCUGUUGGCCGCAGUAGCUUUUACUUCAGUCAACGCAGAAGAAGAGGCAGUAAUUUUGACAGAAUGUCCGAAUACCGAUCCAGAUAAUGCCACAAUUCACAUUUCCCACGAAUCUGAUUGUUCGCUCUUUUACGCUUGUAGUAAUGGACAAAGAACGCUAAUGGAGUGCCCAAACAGGGAUGCAAACGGAGGCAAGCUUUACUUUAAUCCGUCUACACAAACUUGUGAUUGGGAACAAAAAUCUAAUUGUCGAAAUUCUGAGGAUGUCGAUAUUGUAACAACCGAAGCGGCUACAGAGAUCCCAGAAGAGUCGAUAACUACACUCGCUCCGGAAGAGCCUAUAAUUACUACGGAAGCCCCUGAAGAGACGACAACCACGCCAGCUCCUGAAGAACCUGUUAUUACUACCGAAGCUCCUGAAGAUGAUGAAAUUUCAGAAAACGAAGAAAGUGAGUCGACAAUCCCAACAGAAUGUCCUGAGGAUAACGAAGGUGAGGCGGUUCAUUUAGCCCAUGAGUCCAACUGUGGUCUAUUCUACAAGUGUAAUCAUGGAGAGAAGGUGGUGCAGCAAUGUCCAACUGGUCUAGCAUUCAAUGCCGCUAAACAAGUAUGCGAUUGGCCCGAGUCAGCUGGAUGCGUACAGAGCGAUGAAGGUGUUGAAGGUUCUGAUUCAUCCGAAAGCGAUGAAGACAACAGCGAGGAUGACGAAAGUGACGAAAACGAUGAGGAGGAAUCAACUGAUUCUACAACUUCUGAGGAUUCAAGUGCAGUUUCGACAGAAAGCGACUCUGACGAUGCCGAGGGUUCCGGUUCCGCCGUUACCGAGGCAGAGGUGAUAAUACCAACGGAAUGCCCCCAAAAUAAUGAAGGUGACGCGGUUCAUAUAGCCCAUGAGUCCGACUGUGGUCUAUUCUACAAGUGUAAUCAUGGAGAGAAGGUGGUGCAGCAAUGUCCAACUGGUCUAGCAUUCAAUGCCGCUGAACAAGUAUGCGAUUGGCCCGAGUCAGCUGGAUGCGUAGCACAGAGUGAGGAAGAUACUGAAAGUCCUAGUACAGCUGAAAGCAAUGAAGACACUGACGAUUCUACAAGUUCUGAGGAUUCUACAAGUUCUGAGGACUCUACAACUUCUGAAGAUUCAAGUACAGUUCCAACGGAAAGCGACUCAGCUGACGACACCGACGAUUCCAGUUCCACCACUACAGAGGCAGAGGUGGUAGUACCAACGGAAUGCCCCGAAAAUAAUGAAGAUGACACAGUUCACAUCGCUCACGAAUCUAACUGCGGUUUAUUCUACAAAUGCAACCAUGGAGAAAAAGUGUUGUUCAACUGCCCUGGUGGUCUUGCAUUCAAUAUCAUUUUGCAAGUUUGCGACUGGCCCGAAGUCGUUGGGUGUGUACCGGAAGAAAUUGAAAGUUCCACCUCUUCCUCGGCAGAAGAUGAACAAGACGACGACUCCGACGAAUCUAGUACAACCGAUGUUCCUAGCACCACUUCAGAAACUGUUACCACAGAAGAAGUGAUAAUCCCAACGGAAUGCCCCGAGGGUAAUGACGGCGAUGCAGUUCACAUUGCACACGCGUCUGACUGUAACCGUUUCUACCUAUGCAAUCACGGAAAUAAAAUUGAAAUGUCCUGUGCAUCUGGACUGGAAUUCAAUGCCGCUGAACAAGUUUGCGAUUGGCCUGCAAAUGCAGGUUGUAGUAUCACUCAAAAUGCCGCAUGAGAUGAGUCCACCAAUUGUUAACUCUAUUAAAACUGACCCAGGAUCUACAAGUUUCCCGAUGUAAACAAGUACUGUCGUCAAAAUGUUAGUAUCACUACCUGGGAAGAUGGAAACAACAAAGAUGCACGAAUCAUAUCGCUCUAUACUAUUCAUACAAUUUGUCAGCAAUGUGUAUGAUAUGCUUAUAACUUCGUUCAAUAAAUUAACCCUAUCACGAAUGAUGAAUGA